GCCAAACCAAAUAAACAAAAAAAUGGGCUCAAUUUCGCCGGAAUUCGCCGUCGCCACCACAGAGAAACACAUCUUCCGCUCCAAACUUCCCUCCAUAUCCAUCCCGGACGACCUACCCCUCCACGACUACUGCUUCGAAAAGCUUCCAGAGAUCUCCGACCGCCCCUGCCUGAUCGAUGGUGCCACUGGCUCCAUACUCUCCUAUUCCGACGUCCACCUUCUCUCACGCCGCGCCGCCGCCGGCCUCCACCGCCUAGGCAUCCAGCAAGGCGACGUCAUAAUGAUUUUCCUACCCAAUUCCCCUGCUUUCGCCUUCGCUUUCCUCGGCGCCUCCUUUCUCGGCGCUAUCUCCACCACCGCUAACCCUUUCUACACUGCCUCCGAAGUCCACAAACAAGCUAAAGCCUCCGCGGCCAAGCUCGUUAUCACCGAAUCCUCCCACGUUCAUAAAGUUCAAGACUUGGGCAUAGAUAUCAUCGUAAUAGACGAGCCUGUACCCGCUGGAUGCCGUAGCUUCUCUGAACUCCUCUCCGCCGACGAGAACGAGAUUCCAAAAGUUGAUAUAAAGCCAGACGAUGUGGUGGCGCUGCCAUACUCCUCCGGUACUACAGGAUUACCCAAAGGCGUUAUGCUGACCCACAGAUCCUUAGUAACUAGCGUGGCUCAACAAGUCGAUGGAGAAAACCCAAACCUUUAUUUUCAUAAGGAAGAUGUUCUGCUCUGCGUGCUUCCCCUGUUCCAUAUCUAUUCCCUUAACUCUGUUUUGCUUUGUGGGUUGCGUGCCGGGUCGGCUAUUGUGAUAAUGAAGAAGUUUGAUCUCGUGAAGUUGAUGGAGUUGGUGGAGAAGUACAGGGUUACGGUGGCGCCAUUUGUGCCGCCCAUAGUGGUGGAGAUGGCGAAGAGUGAGGCGGUGGACAGCUACGACUUGUCGUCGGUGAGGAUGGUGAUGUCGGGGGCGGCGCCGAUGGGGAAGGAAUUGCAGGAUACGCUUACGGCUAAGCUUCCUAACGCUAAGCUUGGGCAGGGAUAUGGGAUGACAGAGGCAGGACCGGUUCUAUCCAUGUGUUUGGCAUUUGCGAAGGAGCCAUUCUCGUAUAAGUCCGGUUCAUGCGGCACUGUUGUUAGAAAUGCUGAGCUCAAAAUUAUAGACCCUGAAACAGGCGCCUCUCUGUUUCGCAACCAACCGGGAGAAAUCUGCAUUAGAGGAAAGCAGAUUAUGAAAGGGUAUCUGAACGAUCCUGAAGCCACAGAAAGCACAAUUGAUGCAGAGGGCUGGCUGCAUACAGGAGACGUAGGCUAUGUUGAUGAUGAUGACGAAAUAUACAUUGUUGAUAGGCUGAAAGAGCUGAUUAAAUAUAAAGGGUUUCAAGUGGCUCCAGCAGAGCUUGAGGCUUUGCUCAUCGCCCACCCUAAGAUUGCUGGCGCUGCUGUUGUCCCGUUGAAAGAUGACUUAUGUGGAGAGCUUCCCAUUGCAUUUGUUGUGCUAUCAAAUGGUAAUGAAAUCACAGAGGAUGAAAUCAAGCAAUAUGUUUCAAAACAGGUGGUUUUCUAUAAGAGAAUACAAAGGGUUUUCUUCAUAGAGGCUAUUCCGAAGUCGCCAUCUGGCAAGAUUUUGAGGAAGGAUCUGAGGGCGAGAUUGGCUGAAAUUGUCCAGAAUGGUCUGACACAGUGAUGAUCAUCUGGUUGUUGCUUUGAUAAUAGUUGUUUAAAUCUUCCUUCAGGCAUGAGUGAAAGAGAGGAGGUCGAAAGGGGUUUAGAUUUCACCUUCUUUGAAAUAUUGGAUUGGUGAAGGUGUAUUUUAUAUAUAUGGAACGGCUGUAAGUCUUUAAAGUAUAAUACAUGCUUUGGUUUGUAUCUAUCUUGUUCUUUUUAUAAGAAAAAAUAUUUUCCAUGCUA